UAAUGUGUCCUAUGAGUCGUGGCAGUGACGAUGUGAGUGAAACGUAUCUCUCAUGCCUUGAAAUGACGCCGUGACGUCCCCUUUAUCAAUAUGAAUGUAUGUGUCCUAUGAGUCGUGGCAGUGACGAUGUGAGUGAAACGUAUCUCUCAUGCCUUGAAACGACGCCGUGACGUCCCCUUUAUCAAUAUGAAUGUCUGCUAAUAAGCUGCGCUCGGAGGCUCCAUUCCAAGUACUGCUCGUUGGCUCGGACUGGACUGUGGACGCAACAGUACAGACACACUCAUCACACAACAACUGGCAACAUGCAGAGCAAGCUGGUCAUGGCGGGCAAGACGCUGGACAUGGCGGGCAAGAAGCUGGACAUGGCGGGCAAGAAGCCUCCAAAGGCCUUCAUCCUCCCGGUGGCCACCAUCCGCUUGACCUUCGUGAUUGGACUCAUCUUCAUCGCCAUGCCAUUGGCUGAUGCAGUGAAGGGCGAGGACCAGACAGCUAACCAGGGUGGACUCACGAAAGACGACUUGGCCAAGUUGGAGAAGAGAAUUGACAGGUUGAAUGAAUCUAUGGUUGGGAUUGCUAAGUCACUGGUGCAACACCCGGAAGGCAAAGCAGGAAACAGCCAGAAUCAGACAGGACAGGUGGAGGGGAUGACUGGGGAGUCUCAGAAUCAGACAGGACAGGUGAAGGGGAUGACUGGGAAGUCUCAGAAUCAGACAGGACAGGUGAAGGGGAUGACUGGGGAGUCUCAGGAUCUGACCGGAUAUAUGAAGAUGAUGGUUCAGCAAUUUAAGGAUCUGAUUGGAUAUGUGAAGAAGAUGGCUGACGAGUCUAAGGAGAUGACAGGACAGAUGAAGUGGAUGACUAAAGAUGCUGUUGAGGAUCUUCUGGCAACAGCAGGCGGUUGCCCUCUGCCGUGGCAUUACCAUGACAAAAGAUGUUACAUGUAUGUUCACUUGCUGAAGACCUGGGAUGAAGCUAGGAAGUGCUGCGUAGUCAUGGGCGGACACUUGGCAUCAGUUCACACCAAAGCCACGUUUGACUUCCUCUUUGGAUUGGUUGGUGGAUAUCAGACUUGGCUUGGGGGCUACAAAAGGGGUGGUUUGUGGACAUGGGUUGAUGGUUCCAAGUUUAAUGUGUAUGGAGAGGGGUCCAGCAAGCAUCUUACAUGGUCACCAGGCAAGCCUGAUAACGCGGGUGGUAACCAAGAUUGUGUGGCCAUGCACUCCUUGAAAGGACUCAAUGAUUUGCCAUGCAAUUACGGUCAACCAUUUUUUUGUCAGAAGUGAUGGGACGGUCUCGGCUGUGUGAUCCGGCUGCUCCUUCAAAAACGUCUGUGCUGAAAGAUCACCACUCUGCCUUGAAUCCUGAUCAUAAUCGGCGUGCACGUGAUCCCAAACAACCUGCGAGACACCAAUUUGCAAACUAAAGCUCGUCCUAUUUGCAGUUGAGGAGCUAACACAAGCCGUCACACAGAAAAUGAAUCGGUCACAUUUUUAGUCAACAUUUUGGAACAGCAUCUGUGUUAGCAUUGAAUCACUUAUUGAAAUUGGCUCAUCUUCAUUUCCCAGCAGCUAAAAUGAUGCACACAGCAAAUAACAAGCUGCUACCUGACAAGAUGGGACAAAUAGAAACACACCUAAAACACAACAUCAGUCAUAAAUAGAAACACACCUAAAACACAACAUCAGUCAAAAAGUAAGAAGAAAAGAAAAAAGUGUCAUUUGACCAGAAAAUAAGUUAAGAGAUGAGAAUUACGGGAAUAAAGACAAAAUCAUGAGAAAAUGUGCAAGGAAAAGUCGGAAAAUGACAAAAUAACUGACUAACGAUAAAUGUCAUUUUAGUAGCAUCAAAAUUGUAUUUUCAUUUGGUUUGGAAUAUGGGAGUAAAAUAUUAGAAGAAUUUGACAAAUGAUUUAACAAAGUUGCAAUACUUAGAAAAGCAGUAAGAGUGAAGUUGGAAUGCAUGAUGACUUUUUCACCUCUCCCACAAAGCUGACAUGCACUUUCUUGGUGAAAUAUUUACAAGUGGGCAUAGCUGUGGAGUUUGCAUGUUCUCCCCGUGCGUGCGUGGCUUUUCUCCAGGUACUCCGGCUUCCUCCCACAUUCCAAAAACUUGCACGUUAGCUUAUUCGGAGACUCUAAAUUAAGUAUGAAUGUGAGCGUGAAUGCUUGUGUGCCCUGCCAUUGGCUAGCCACCGCCUCUGGCCCAGAGUCAGCUGGGAUAGGCUCCAGCACACCGCCGCGAUUCUAGUGAAACAUUGAAGAUGUUCUAUGUGCCAACACCACAAACCUUCAGCAUAUCUCUGGGGGGAUCCAAAACAAUCUAAUUUGAAUUUCCCAAAGAAAGUGCUGUGCUGGUGGUUUCAUGGUGUUAUUUGAUAGGAUGAUCAACAGCAUUUAUCCAUCACGGAAUGUCAUCCUUUUCAUUGAAGCUUAGACUCUGCCAUGGAUAUGGGAUGGAUACUUCUUGGCUGGAAUGGGACGUGUGUCGAGUGUAAUCGCGUGAUGUCAGCUGGUCUGAUCCAGUUGUGCACACGCUAGGAUGUCAACAGUUGGUGUACGGGCUGAUGCCAAUCAUUUGUUUUCAUGUCUAACCCCUAAAGGGAUUGUUUGCAACCGUUGGGCGGCUGCCUAGGGGGCACUUUGGACAUUGUGGGCACGUAAGCCCCGCCCCACGUAACACACGCACACUGUUGUUAAAUGGCUAAGUUAGCUGCAAAUGUUGGCUAUCAUUGAAUGUACAGUAUAGCCUAUAGCAACCACAAUUUGUCCAUUUUGAUGCUAAUUGGGACAAGUCUCCAUGCUUGUUAUUGAAAGCACUAUGCUAACAUGCUAGCUGCCGAUUGGUUCCUUGAGAGUUGCAAACGGUCCCUUGAUUUAUGCUACUGUUUUGUUUCAGUAGGGGUGUCACCAUGCACGAGCUUGGCUUCACCAGGACCAGACCAUAUUUGAACAUGACUUAGAAAACUACAAAGAAAACUUUCAGUCCAGUGAUGCUGGAAAUGCCUGCAAGGUAGAGUGGAAUGUUUCGGCCCACUGCCACUUCCAUAUUAUGCGUGAUCACUGACAGUAGCGAUGCCAUAGUUGAGUCUGAUGGGCUCCUGGCUGCCCUGUUCCUGCCAGACAUGUGCUGACACCCCAUGAUGUGUUUUUCAUGAUACAGCAUUUCACACGUUAUUCCAAUAUGUGCUACUGAAUGUUGGAAUU